ACUCCAUGAAGAGGUGGUGGACUUCUACAACUUUAUGUCGCCGCGGCCCGAGGAGGCAGCAAUGAGACAGGAGGUGGUGACGCGAAUAAAGAGGAUAAUUGAGGAGCUGUGGCCCAAUGCUGAAGUCCAGAUAUUUGGCAGCUUCAGCACAGGGCUGUACCUCCCAACGAGCGACAUUGACCUGGUUGUGUUUGGGAAGUGGGAUCGCCCCCCUCUGCAGGAGCUGGAGCAGGCUUUUCUUAAACACAACGUGGCCGAGCCGCUAUCCAUUAAAGUGUUGGACAAAGCUACGGUGCCGAUCAUCAAGCUGACAGACCGAGAGACGGAGGUGAAAGUGGACAUCUGUUUUAACGUGGAGUCUGGAGUCAAGGCAGCAAGCUUCAUUAAAGAAUACUUAAAGAAGUAUCCAGUGCUGCCGUACCUGAUCUUUGUACUCAAGCAGUUUCUGCUGCAGAGAGACCUGAAUGAAGUCUUCACUGGUGGCAUCAGCUCCUACAGCCUCAUCCUUAUGGUCAUUAGUUUUCUACAGCUCCAUCCACGUAUCGAUGCUAGGAACCCUAAUCAGAACCUGGGUGUGUUACUGAUUGAGUUCUUUGAGCUGUAUGGUCGCCAGUUUAACUACUUGAAAACGGGGAUUCGUAUCAGAAAUGGAGGUUCCUAUGUAUCCAAAGAGGAGAUGAUGAAGGCCUUGACAAACGGAAACAGGCCAUCUAUGCUCUGCAUAGAAGACCCGCUUGAUCCAGGUAACGAUGUGGGGCGGGGUUCGUAUGGUGCCAUGCAGGUCAAGCAGGUGUUUGAUUAUGCCUACACUGUGCUCAGCCAUGCCGUCACACCACUCGCAAGCUCAUACCCCAACAAAGACUGUGAAAGCACGUUGGGGAGGAUAAUUAGGUUGACCCAGGAGGUCAUUGACUACAGGGAAUGGAUCAUUAAGAAAUGGGGGUGUAAGGAUUUACCACAAGCAGACAGCAGAGUACUGUUUCCUAAAGAGCCAGUAUCGGAGCAGGAGACCUAUGAGCAGUGCAGUGGUGUCUUGGGUCCAGAGGAGCAGCAAAGGGACUCGGUGUCUCCUCACAGUGCCGACUCUCCCAUGUCCAUCUCCAGCCCUCAGCAGCACUCAUCAGCCUCAUCUGUGUCCUCGCUGUCCGGAUCGGACAACGACUCUGAUUCAGCAUUGCCACCAUGUCCCCUCCCUCCACCUACCAUGCCAGCAUAUCCAUCCUUCCCUCCGCUUGGCCUAGCUUUAGCACCAGGGCUGAACAUGGGGACCGGAAAGCACAGCAUGGGAGCACACCAUCUGCUCCUUCCUCCAGGUUCACAGGCUCAUGUUUCACUGCCUGGUGGUCUAACUUUACACUCCCUGCCUGGCAGACAGGUGUGUAUGGACACUGGGCUCCCUCCCUUCUUCCACUUGCCCCCCCCAGCCCAUGUCCCUGCCCCUUCCAGCCCCCAGCCUCCGCCCAGCCCCCACUCCAGCCACACACACAAGAAUGGAACAAAGUUUAAUGUGAAGAGCAUCCACACCCCGCCGCUGGUGAGCGGUGCUGUUCUGGCCAACCGCGGACACGCGCAGUACAACCGCACCUACACACGACGCAGGAAGAGGGAGAGCCCUCCGGUUAGCCUGAACAGAUAGAAACCACUCCUCUGUCCCCCUGUUCUCCUUUUCCUCUCUGGCUGCAAACCGCGGCUCUUCACUCACCUUGAAGGAGGGCGGACCCAGGUUCAGAGACCAGCAGUUUUUACUUUUGGAAAGGGGAGGGGGGUUGUAUGUUCUCAGUAUUAUGUUUUUGUCCAUAUUGUUUUCACAUGAUUGUUGUGUGUUUUUAUAUUUGUUUGUUUUUGUCAGACUCGGUGGUGGUGGUGUUGCCAACUUCACUUGACCUCGUCCUGACCCCUGCAGCCAAGCUGCUUGUGGUUCGGUGUUACUCUUAGUAUUUUUUUAUAACACAAUUAAACACAAAACCAUUUUUUUGAUCGUGCAAUGGUAUUUUUUCUUCCUUUUUUUUUUGAAGUGCUUAUUUAAUUUUCGGUGUUUAUGUAAAGGCCUUUUAUACAGUUAUUUUAUUUUUGUAGAGUUUUAAACCUCUUGUUUACAUCACGUUUCUCCAGCUGAUGGCAUCUCGGCGUGUGCGUCUGCAUGUCGUUGAGAUGGACCCCAGAUCAAAGCCUCCACCUUCUUUUCCUCCUUAAAUGCGCUGAUUUGUUUCAUUAAGCAAAGAAAAGCAAAACUUUGCUUAAUAUUUUUUCUGCAUCUAAGGAAAACGGGCAGAUAGUAGUCCCAGUGGAGCUGGAGUCCCUCGGUCGAGUCAGACGAAGGCACGCUGGAGGGAGACACAGAUUUUAAUAACGGUUAAAAAAGGUCAUUAGGAGAGGAGAGUGUAGCGGUGUUUGAGUAAAAGGUAGAAGAUCGUCCUUUACAUUUCCACCUGGAACUCCUUUAUGUGUGAAAUCUCUUCUUGUUUUUGAGGAUGUCCAUUUUUGGUUUUCCACACCGUUUUGUUAAAAACGUCUUGAUCAUGUUUCUUUAUAUGUUUAGUUGGCAUUUUAUCGUUUAAAAUAAAAAAUAACGGGCAAGAGAAAAGAGAGAGAGAAAGAAAGAAAUGAGGUUAUUUUCAUUUUUGUCAGGCACUGGAAGGUUGGCGGGAGCCUUAAAGGUUUCGCCCUGGCCGUCUUUCUCUUCACUGAAAGUCACUUUGGAAAAAAAAACUAAAAAAAAACUUCCGAACUCUUCCGGGUGGUGGCCUGGGAGAGCCCGCUCUUUUAAUCCUUCAUGCACGUGUUUUGUUGUGCUCGUCUGUUUCCAUGACAUGUUGUGGGAGUGCUGGGGCCAAGAAUCCUUCAGCUUUUCUAAAGCUAAAGAUCAAGAUUAGAGUUUAAAGGACUAAAAGCCACAUAUUCCAUGUCUAAGACCUCCUCAGCUCUGUCUAGAUGAAGGGACGUGAAUCGGUGCAGACCAACAGAGCCAACUCAGUGAUAAGGUCUCCUUUAGUAGUCACGGGCAAAGGAGGAGGAGGAGGAGGAGGGUGGGGGUUUUUCCUGUACCAAGGACCCUGGAGAAAGGGAAUUAUAUUUUGAUUCCAUUCAGGAAUCUUGUUUAUAUUUGAUUGCCAGGUACUUCCACUAAUUGUUUGCAAUGCCUUUCUUUGUGUUUACGUAGUGUGUGUGGAUUUUCCCGCGAGCACACCGUGUCAUAAAAACACAGACAAGACUGUGGAAGGCUGUGACUCAACCAGAACGCUACACAUGCUGGUGGUAUUACUAUGCAACUGGUGUACUCUUAAUUACCACGUUCACUCUUAUUAUUUCUUGUUUGGGGUUACUUUCCAUUGUUGGACUGGAGUUACGUUACUGACUGUAAAACUCGAGCCAGCUCACGUGAACCACAGUCCCGUCCAACCCCCCCACCCUGUUUUGUGUUUUCUAUAAGGCCCCGAGAUGUUUGGAAGUCUAGUUUUUUACAUCUUACCAGUGAAAUGUCCGAAACGGGGGGGGGGGGGGGGGGGGGGGGGGGAUUGGGUUGGUGUAUUGUGUGUGAUGUUGUAAAAUGUGUGUGUGAGAAUUAGGAACCCCGAGCAGGUUUUAAUCAGUCCCCUGCAUCCAGAGAGCGACUUGCACUCUGCCGGUGCACUUGAGCGGCCAAAGUGUCCAACGACAAUUCCUAAAGUUUUACCCUUUCAGCACUGCUACACCAUUUUUCUUUUCUUCCUCGGAAGCACGGCAACUCUGAUCUGUCAGUCGGAACUGCAACCGGAGUCCCUUCUAUCAUCAAAUUGUGUUAAAAAUGACAUGAAAAUGACAUAAAUUAAAUAAAUCCAUGGCAUCUCAAUCUGUUAUUUCCCCUGUUGGGAAAGGAUCGAGAUGCUACAUUAAAUACCCAGAAUUCCUUGCUCAAAGUAAACUUAAAUGAGAUGGUUGGAAUUGGCGACCUUGAGUGAUUCUACAAGACUCAGCAUUUAAGAUCUGAAUUGGUGAUCGAUGAAAUCGGCGAAGGACUAGAGUUGCCUGCAUAUUUGGAAGUCCGUAGGGACCCAGAUAUUUGUACAUCUCAGUGGUCCGAUGCAGUCCGUGCUUGCUCUCUGUUUUUGUGGUUAAUGGUAAAAUGAUGACCCGUUGAGCUCAUGGCCUCAUUAGCUUUACUUGAUCACACUGGUGAUGAUGUGAGCAGUGGAGAGCAGGUAUGUCGAACUACUUGGACCAUUGGGAUUUUACACAUAUACAUGCAAAGGAACACUACCAACCCAGUGAGGAUUUUAAACUGGUGGCUGCCGUUGUUCUGGCUGAUUUAUGUGAACAGUGGCCCCUCAUCAUGGAUGCUUGGCUACCAGUGGCCAGACGGAACUGCUGCCUAGCUUUUUUUUUUGUUUCUUUUUUGACAUUUUUAUGUAAAUAUAUUUUUUUUCUAUUUUAUUUUUUAAUAAACCCUCUAAAACUGCC